GGGUGUGUGACGGACGCCGCGGGGCCGCGCGGCGCAGGCCGAGCUGUUGCUCCUCCCCCUGCUCGUCCUCCUCCUCCACCGCCGCCUUCUUCUACUCUUCCUCCGCCUUCCUCCCCCUUCCUAUCCGUCCAGCGGUGCUGCAGGGAACGCGGGCGCAGGAGUGCGGCCGCGACGGGCGGUCUGCCGCCGCCGCUAUGCAGAUCACGCUGAAAACGCUGCAGCAGCAGACCUUCCGGAUCGACAUCGACCCCGAGGAGACGAUUGUUUCUGUGCUUUAGGUGAAGGCACUGAAAGAGAAGAUUGAAUCAGAAAAGGGAAAAGAUGCUUUUCCAGUAGCUGGCCAAAAACUAAUCUAUGCAGGUAAAAUCCUGAAUGAUGAUACUGCUCUUAAAGAAUACAAAAUAGAUAAGAAGAACUUUGUGGUGGUUAUGGUGACAAAACCCAAAGCAGCAUCUGGAGAGACUACCACUAUUAGCUCGACAACUGCAGCUCCCACACCAGCCGCUGCACCAAGCCCUGUUGCUGCCCCUGUGCCAGCUCCUGUCCCUCCAUCACCAGAGGCAGUUGCUUGUGAAUCUGUACCUGUGAGUGCUCCUAAAGAAAAGCCAGUGGAAAAACCAGCACGAGGUGCUGACAGUUCAUCAUCAACUGACAGUACAACAGGUGAUACAUCUCGAUCAAAUCUUUUUGAGGAUGCUAUAAGUGCACUUGUGACAGGUCAGUCCUAUGAGAAUAUGGUGACUGAGAUCAUGUCAAUGGGCUAUGAACGAGAGCAAGUAAUUGCGGCGCUGAGGGCCAGCUUCAACAAUCCUGACAGAGCGGUGGAAUACCUUUUAAUGGGUAUACCUGGAGAUAAUCAGGCUGUGGCUGAGCCCCCUCAAGCAGGAAGCAGUGAUGCCUCUCAGUCUUCAUCAGUGGCAGCAGCAGUAGCAACUAUACCAACGACUACUAGUUCAUUAGGAGGACAUCCACUUGAGUUUUUACGAAAUCAGCCACAGUUCCAGCAGAUGAGACAAAUUAUUCAGCAAAAUCCUUCUCUGUUACCAGCAUUGCUGCAGCAGAUAGGACGGGAAAACCCUCAACUACUGCAGCAAAUAAGCCAACAUCAGGAACAUUUUAUUCAUAUGUUGAAUGAGCCAGUUGAGUCCCGCCAAGGUUUAAGUGCUAGUGAUGAUGGUGCCAGCACUGGAGGAGUAGCAGAAGCUGGAAAUGGUCAUAUGAACUACAUUCAAGUAACACCUCAGGAAAAAGAAGCUAUAGAAAGGUUAAAGGCAUUAGGAUUUCCUGAAGGACUUGUGAUACAGGCAUAUUUUGCUUGUGAGAAGAAUGAAAACUUGGCUGCCAACUUUCUUCUACAACAGAACUUUGAUGAAGAUUGAGACACUUUUUUUUAUUUUACACCUCACGCCAGUGCAUUACACUAAUUUUGUUCACUGGAUUGUCUGGGAUAUUUGGGCUUAUAUUCAUAAUGCUUGGUAUAUGGGGAUAGGGGGAGAUGAGAAUAUAAGAAACAAAGCAAGGAAAGCAGCAAGUAUAUCUGCUUUAAAUUAGCAGAUGCAGAAAAAUCCCACAGUGUAAAAUAAUAUACAACCAAAAAUCAGCUUCUGCAGAUAAUUAAUUUCUUCUAUAAACUGUAGGUUAACAUUUUUUAUAGGUUUUAACUCUUACUGUACUAGGUCAGAAAUAGAGUGUAAUGCCCUGCUUCAUGUUCCUUUCUACUUAGUAUUGGUACUGGAAGUAGCCUGUACUACCUAGGUUCUACAAUCUGUAUUUCAUGGCAACACUGGAUAGCAGCUUUGUGAAAUCUCAAAGAUCUGAGCAAAUGUAAACAUGAAUGCCAAAAUAUAAGUAGUUGUUUUGCUUUUUUCAGAUGUGUUUAAGUAAUACAAGAAGCACAAUAUUCUGUUUAAAGCAGGAUUAAAACAAUGUUGACUUUCUCAAAUGAAAACCCAUUCCAAUUAAAAGUGUCUUGAUCAUUGAGAAAAACCACCCCCUCCUUUGUGCCCCUCAAAUGAUCUGAGAAGCUAUAUCCAUACAGGUAAAAUUAUUACCCUGUUUAUGUAUUCUCUUUUGAGGAAAAAUUAUAGAUAUCUAAUUACUGUUUACUUCAAUGUUAUGUUGCAGUAAAAGUUUUGAAAGCAAUAGAUUGCAUGUUUGGUUUUGUUAUGUGUUCUUGUGAAUUGAAUAUUCUUUUUCUGCCAGCAAGCAAAAUGUAAGCUUGAUUUUUGUCUGCUGCAAUGAGACUUUAUCAAAUCAAAUUUCACCUUCCUUUGUUGAACCAGCUUUUACAAUACAGCUGUAAGCAUCUGAAGAUAUUGGCAUUCUAUUGCUCCUGAGUAGAUUGUAAUGAUCUAGCUAUUUCUGUUUGGUGAGGACUUUUUUGGAUUUAUUCAUUUUAUGAAGAAGAGUUAGUAACUUGGGAUAUCAAUCAAAUAAUCAAGUUAUUCCACUCAGAAGGAAUGUGCACUCAUACCUUUCUGUUGAAAAUAAGCUCUGGUUAUAGUUUUCAAUCUUAGUUCUUGGUACCUACUUGUCAUUUAAUUUGUUUAGUCAUCAUAAAAUGUAACAAUCUGCCUUUUAAUAUACAGUGACUUUUAGAGACAAUUUUGCCAAUCACUGCAAUGCUAGCAAUGUAAACAAAUUCUAAUUUAAUCUAAAACUAUGAUGUGCAACAUUUCUUAAACACAGCUAGGGGAUGUUUUCAGUAGUUACUGUUGUACUCCAGUUACAAAUUUAUCUCUACAGUAAUCAAGAAAAUAUUAGUGGUACAGCACUGAACUGUUGUACCACUAAUGACACUAACAAUUUAGUGGUACAACUGAAAAAUUAUUUUCUGUGUAGGUUGUGUAUCAGUGGACUAACUACUACUGAAGCUCAAAGGGCAAGUCAAGAGUCUUGAGAAAAGAGAGUGAGAAAGACUGAAACGUUUGUAUUUGUAUUUUGUUUCUUCAUUGGUUGGCUGUAGUCUGUUAAAUAAUUAUCUGCACAAAAUAGUGAAAUGUAUUAAAGCCUUUUACUUUUUCUUUCUAUCUUUAGACAUCUGUGGUGUUUUUCCAGGUACUGUGUAUUUUAAUUAUCCAGAUUUUAUUCUUAAAAUGUCAUAGGUGUAUAAUGUCUAAGUGAUCAGUAGCACAACCCAGAUUUAUCAGUAGGAGGUAUGAUAUUGCUAAAUAGAAAAUAAGUCUUUCAUAGUGCUUUCAUUUUAGAGAAGUUAACAUUAAUACCCAAGUCAGCCAGGAGGCUUCAGCUAAAUCGGUUUCUCAUUAUGUUUAUGGACUGGGAGAGAUAGAUUUUGAUUUCAUACUCUGCAGGCAAAAAGGGGCUAUUUGUUAUUUGUAAAAGGAACAGCUGCCCAGUACUUGAAAAAGCCAAAUAGAUAGAAGGACUCCUUGAAUGUACUUUACUACAUAGCCAAUACCUAAGCCAAAACUUUCAGUUUGUGAGAGUCUGUCAUCUGUACUGAUCAAACUUCUAUCAGAAAUCACCAUUCCUUCUCUAGGAGGAUGGAGAGUAAAGGAAGAAUGUGAGUGUUUCAUUUUACUCCCUCCAAUUUUGAUUCUGAAAUGUUUACUUACUAUAAAUGUAUUUGAAUUAAUGACUGUUCAGCUUGGUCUUUGUAAAAAAGCUAGAAGCUUUGGUCAUUUGUAACUCUGUAUGCUGAGUGACUCAAGGGGUUUAUAGCUGCUGUGGUUGAAGCCUUACUAGUUAUUCUGUUCCCAUUUUUCAGCAGUGGAGUGGUGGUUUUGUGACUUCUGAUGAACAGGUGUCUGACCUUAUAUGCUACCAAAAACUGUUACCUGUUCAGUAGUGGGAUACUUGCCAGACAGCAUCAUGCAUCUCUUUAUAGUUGCUGCCAAAAGGGAAGAAUAUAUGGAACUCAUGGUAUUGAGAAGGUAAGUGUGGCCUGAACAAGUUGUGUAAGCUGCCUAGAUGUGCUGUGCCUUGUUUUCUACCAAGGACUAUGAGAAGUUCUCUGCACAGAGGCUUGUUUGCUGCAGAUCUUUUAGGUAUUUGGGGAGUGGUCUCCUCUGGGCUUUGUGAACAGUAGGUAAGAAAAUAAAGUAUUUCUUCCUAAGUUUUGGUAAUGGAGUCCUUACGUUUGUUGUAAAACUUCUAACUAUCUGCUUAGUGAAAAGAUGUUCAUGAUGCACUUUUAAUUGGGAUUAAAAGAAUUACUCUGAAGUCA